CGUGCGGCUUCCUUGGCCCCGGCAGCUGCCCGAGGGGCGGGGUCGGCAUGGGGAAGAGCGGGUCCGUCUGCAUCCGCGGCGCUCACGCCUGGGCAGGCCAAGCGUCCACAGGACUUGCCUCUCCCUUCGUGGUCGUCUUGCCUCGGGCUGAGGGAUGUGCAGCUGCGAAGAGCAAACAUGAAUGUUGGAGUUGCCCACAGUGAAGUGAAUCCGAAUACUCGUGUAAUGAACAGCCGGGGUAUGUGGCUGACAUACGCACUGGGAGUUGGCUUGCUUCAUAUUGUUUUACUCAGCAUUCCCUUCUUCAGUGUUCCUGUUGCUUGGACCUUAACAAACAUUAUACAUAAUCUGGGGAUGUAUGUAUUUUUGCAUGCAGUGAAAGGAACACCUUUUGAAACUCCGGACCAGGGUAAAGCAAGGCUCCUAACUCAUUGGGAACAGCUGGACUAUGGAGUACAGUUUACAUCUUCACGGAAGUUUUUCACAAUUUCUCCAAUAAUUCUAUAUUUUCUGGCAAGUUUCUAUACGAAGUAUGAUCCAACUCACUUCAUCUUAAACACAGCUUCUCUCCUGAGUGUACUUAUUCCCAAAAUGCCACAACUACAUGGUGUUCGGAUCUUUGGAAUUAAUAAGUAUUGAAAUGUUUUUACAACUGAACAAAACUGUUACAGCUACUGUUUCCUCUAAGGAAGGAGUAGUGAACUGCACUGUUUCUGUGAUAAUGUGAAAUAAGGAGUAUUUACAUUGAAGGACCAAUUAAUUACCAGUUCUUCAUAGGCUGUCUUGAAGUGCAGAAUUCUAAACAAUGCCUCUGUUUAAUGUGUUUGGUAUGUUUCUGAGAGAGGCUUUAUAGGUAGACUGGGCAGGCCCAGCUUAUAAGUUAAUGGCAAUACAACAAGGGUACAGUAGAUAAAUCCAAGGAAACGAGAGAUUUGUAAGAGACUAGGACCAGUUUAUAGUGAAUGGGCAUUAUGUUAGGGAAAGAAGAUUCCAAUCAUUCAGUCAUAGUCCAUUUAAACAGAAUGACAUGUAAACCAAAAUCAUCUGUCUACAAGUGUUUAUUGUCAUACACAUUCCACUUAUUUUAUAUGACAUACAAGUCCCUUCCUACUUUAUAUAUGUAUGGACCUUUUUGGUUUUGCUGGCUUAGUAUUGUAUGUUGAUAAAUGAGGUCAUUUUUCCAUUUAUGACAUGACAGAGUUCAUGAAGGUCCACCUUCAUGCCUGGUCGGGGAUAGAAGAUAGCCAAGUGUCUUAUAGUCAAGUCUCUGAGUCAACAUUGUAAUUUUGGAACAAAGUGGGUUUUACUGCUUUUCCAGAAACAAGGCUGCUAAACCAAUUACAAGAAUAAUUUAUUUCAAGUAGUUCAAGUAUAGCAUAGUUUAAAGGUAACUAUUUAUUUGGUUGUACAAGUUAGUAAAGUCUGACAUUCUUCAGAAAAGGAAAUACAAAAUAGAGCCAGCUGUUGUCUGGGAGAACUGCUUCUCUAGGGGUAGAAGUAAAGUAAUGGAGAUAACAUUGUCUUUUCUGUCUUCCUGCUCUUAAUACUCAGCUCUCCCAUUAAUGUUUCCUUUAAAUCUGUGGGUCUUAGUGUAUGUAGAUAACCCCAAAUGAUAACUAUAUCCACAGCAACAACUAUGGUGAAUUCUUGUGACUUAGGGAAGCUGUCUAUAGUUGCCAGCAUUAAUUGCAAGAAAUUACUACUACUUUGAGAAAUAAAUACAUUUUUUUAAAGGUAUAUCUGAUAAAGAUGAAAAACUCAGUAGCAAAAUUAAAGAGUUGUGGAACAACUUAAAAAUCAAUUUGUAUCAAACUGACUUAGGGGUAGUGAUCAUUGUUUCAUAUUUCAAUAGUACUGAAUUUAGAAGUCAGUUGUAUGAUACUGCCUUUGUACGUUUGUCUUUUUCUGUGUAUUUUUUAAAAACUGGUAAUCUACACUUUAAUAAAACAUUUUCCUUGGUGUAA